GGAAACUCGGUCGCCGUGUGUAUCGUUACCUCGUUACUCGCGCGUGGGCCUCGAGAGACGUUCUUCCUCUCUCUUUCUCUCUCUGUUUCGCGAAAAAUCAUCGUGUGCGUGGCGUACGUCUCAUGAUGACAUGUGUCGGUGAAUCGCGUACGCCACAUCGAUAAAUACUAAACGAGAAGAGGACGGCGCCGACGACGCUGGUCCAGGGGAUCAAGCGACAGGAAUCCUGAUACAAGGAUACCUAAUGUUUCGACCGCCGCAACGACAGUGACUAGCGUGCACCAGGGAAGCGCAUCCUCUUGCCAGCGAGGUGAGCAGCUACCGGAAGAGAGUGCGCGCAUUCCUCAAAGUGACGUACGCGCGAAGCGGAGGGGAAAAAAAAGAGCGACGACGCCGGCAACGCGAGCGAGCGCGCGCGCGCGCGCGUCCGCGUCUCGCUCUCCUCCGCGUGAAUAAUAGGCAUUCGGUCCACGGUUUUGUGCGUGUGUACAUGUGUGUGCGCGAAUGAGAAAAGGAGACGUGAGAAAAGGAUAGGUUCGUCCCUUUGCGAAGGAAGACCGGGAGAGGAGGAGGGAGCGGAAAAUUGGACAGAAUCGGCUCGUCGGUCCGCUGAAUGUCGGCGGAACCACUCGAAAUCGGAUCAACCCCGAGGAUCGACUUUAUAGAGUGACCCCGCGCUCGAGAGAACGGUGGCCAUGGACGUGGACGGAGAUUCGGUGGUGGAUCUAAGUAUCAGCAGUAGUGGCAGACGCAAUUCCCCAUCUCUCUCGGUGAAUUCUGGAGAUAUCCCAUUAGACCUGGGGAUUCAUCUUCAUGCCUCUCCCAGUCCACCGGAAAAUGAUAUAUUAGAGGCUCGUAAUAUACAAAAUGCAACACGAGGCAUUUUGGCUCCUAAACGAUCACAUGGGGAUGAACGGAAGCCACGACGUAAUCUUAGACCUAGAAUCGAGAGGAGUUAUGCCGAAAGUCCUGAUGAACCUAGAAUGAACGGAUAUUUAAAUGGAAAUGCAUCAGACAGCGAUGAAGGUGAGAUGCCUCCGUUGCUGCCAAUCAAGGAAUUGUCAUCCGAUGAGCUGGCUGAACGCGAAAGAAUGCUAAGAAAAUGCAGAGAGGAACUCAAAACGGAAGAGAUGAAAUUGGUACUUUUAAAGAAACUACGUCAAUCGCAACAGCUCAAGGAAAAUAUUGCGGCAGUGCCAAAGAUUCCCAGCAAAUUACCACCACCAGUAACGGUGCAGCAAGUACCUCACAGAACGGGGAAAGCGCCGCCACCUUUGCUCAGAGGUCAACCUGCACCAAGCAGAAGUAGCAGUUUACACGCUCCGCCACCUGCCAUGGUACUUCCUCCUACAGCCGGUCGAAACGCCAUUCCAAGUACAGGAAUGCCUCCGAAUAUGGUGAUACCACAACCUCCUCAUCCUAGAGGGAGACCACCCUCCAGCGUAACUGCUGCAACUGUGUCAAGUUAUCAUGCACCGACGGAUAGAACGGAGAGAUCCACGAAAGAUCCAACGCCUGCCCCUGCGCAUCAAGUAAGUAAGCUGCUUGCUGGAUCGCAAGAAAAUAAAACCACCGCAUCCUUAAGCACACCUGUGAAUUCAGAACAGGAGAGAACGUCGCGGGAAGAGACACCUGCUCAACGUCAAGCAGCCGCCAAGAUGGCCUUAAGAAAGCAGCUCGAGAAAACAUUGUUACAAAUACCGCCGCCGAAACCACCGCCCCCGGAGAUGCACUUUGUACCAAAUCCCUCCAACACGGAGUUCAUAUACUUGGUCGGUUUGGAACAUGUAGUCGAUUUUAUAACAAAGGAACCGGCGAUACCGCCACCUCCCGAACCGUUUGAAUGCUCGCAAUGCAAAACCGACUUCACACCCGUAUGGAAAUGGGAGAAACCUAUGCCCGGUGGUAAGAAAGACAGCCCUAGAGGGCAACAUGCAACCUUCCAACGGCCGUCAGCAGGUCGCGAUCCGAGAGUUAUAUGUGAACAUUGCGUGACCACCAAUGUGAAGAAAGCAUUGAAAGCAGAACACACUAAUCGAUUAAAAACUGCUUUCGUGAAAGCGCUGCAACAAGAGCAAGAGAUAGAGCAAAGAUUAGCACAAGCGGCGUGUCCAAGUCCAGAUCCUCCGGCUCCGAAACCAGUUCCUAAGGCGGCCACCCCUACGAGAAGAGUGGCCACGCCGCCUGCGCCGCCGCCGCAGGUACCACCGGCGCCGACGUUAACGCCGACACCCCCGGCGCCAAAGUUACAAGAACAUCCCCUGGUGAAAUUGGCCGAGAGCGGGAAAUUCAGUCCGCAUCAUGCAGCUGCCGCGGCAGCCUUGCAGCAACAAUUGCUCAGAGAAUUAGCGAAAAACCCAGUGCCGGCUAUAUCGCCGCAUCAACCGCUUCCUGCUCACAUGAUGCCGCAUUUCACCUCUAUUUUAUACCCGUAUCAGUUAGCGAUGGCGCAGGCUGCCGGCGGGAAGGGUCUCGUAGAGUUACAACGACAGGCAGCUGAUCUCCAACGCCAGUAUCUACUCGAUAUGAUUCCGUCGCAAGCGUCCCAAGCGCAAGGCAAUCAAGCACCGCCGAGAGCUCAUCCGCACAAUUGGAAAACGUAACCGGACGCAUCUAAGGGAUGAUGUAACGGUAAAUGCAAAUAAAUGAGACAUUAAUGAACUCGCGUUUAAUGGAGGACUAACGGAGAUCCAGUAAACGCACGGUUGGCCAUAAAUACGUGCGCCUGGAAUGGUUAUGCUGUGUACCAAUCGCAGCGCUAAUGUCUCUGGUUAAGGUGAAGCUCAACUUGAUACAUUGAAGGA